AGCAGCCCAAACAGUAGAAUGGUUCUCUCACUGGUUUUGAGCUGUCUUGCUGUUUGCCUGAUUUCUACCACAGUUGAUGGUGCAGAUCCUUCAGUAGGUUGGUGCUAUCACCUGCCAUCGUGUAAUGAAUCUACCUGGCCCUCGAUUGCCGGCGCGUACUGCAAUGGAACGCGCCAGUCUCCAGUUAACAUUGUGACUGCCAGCGUCAAAGCCAACGAGGACUUGACGGCAUUAAAGUUUAAGGGUUUUAAUGACAGCACGGCCUUGACUGAGAUUAAAAACAGUGGCCGAGAAGUUAAGGUCAUACUGAACCACGAGAAGAUGGCAGUUGAAGGAGGAGCUCUUCCAGGCGUGUACAACAGCAGGCAGUUCCACCUUCACUGGGGCAGCGGCAGCUCUGUGCCUGGAGCUGAGCACACCGUAGAUGGCAAACAAUAUGCAAUGGAGUUGCACAUUGUGAACGUCAAAGCAGAGUACAGUUCAACUGCAGAUGCGCUGGCAGAUCCGACGGGUCUGGCUGCUCUUGGUUUCCUUAUUGAGGCAACCAAUGACACUGGUAAACCCAAAAGCUGGAAGACCUUAACUUCCUACCUGGCAAAUAUCCCAAAUGCAGGGGAUACAGUAGCCCUCACCCAGUCCAUCUCCAUGGACAGUCUGCUCGAAGGAGUGAACAGGUCUCGAUAUUAUCGCUACCUUGGCUCCCUGACCGUCCCCAACUGCAACGAGGCUGUGGUGUGGACUGUCUUUAAAGACCCUGUCCGAGUCAGUCAUGACCUGGUUGACCUCUUCAGCACUAGACUGUACGUCAACAAGAGCACCAACUCUCCCCUGAUGACCAACACCUUCAGGCGCACUCAGUCCAUAAACAGCAGGGUCGUGACCUCGCAGUCGUCGUCGUCGUCGUCGUCGUCAAAAAAAACUGACUCGUGUAGGUUCACUGGAGGUGCUGAGGCGCUGAAACGAAAUGGUUACUGGACGAGAGGUCCGGCGGAGGAUGAGCUGAUGAAGGCCUUCUCUUUCCCCAGCCACGCUGGCGUUCCCAGCGCUGCUUUGGUGUGGGCAAGAAGUUGGGAAAUCCCGGCAUUAGCCAUGCUCUGUCCGGAGAAGUAG